GCGCCGUGAACUGUUGCCCGUGGUACGGGAUGACCACGGGCUCGGUCGAUCUGCCCGACGAUUGACCGAACCGGAUAGUCACAGGUACAAUGUGACGACGACCCAGGACGUACCCGUGUCCCCCGGGGACACGGGAGUGGACGACGGAUCCACUGCCCUCGCCACCGCCGCCGCUGGUGCGAAAGGUGCGGACGAGACCGAAGUGGCCGCCGCCUCCGUCACCGUUACCGGUGGCCGCAAAAAUGGCCGCUGGGUUGGGGACGAUGGCGACAGCUACAACAUGGCCACGUUCGAUCAAACGAACGGUCCGUGGCCGAUCGAGCAGCCUCUGCCGCUGCCCAAGUGGUCGGCCAGCACCGUGCCGGCGUACGUGGUGGACAAGCUGUGGCAGUACGAGGAUCUGAUCGGUCUGAUUGAAACGAAGCUCCAGCGCAUGCUCGAGGAAACGCAUUACAACACGGCCAACAACUUCGUGGACUUCUACCGCACCUACAAGGCGGCCCGCAGCGUGCGAGGUGCCGAUCUGAGGCAACACUUCCAGCACUAUACCAUCCCGAUCAACCGGCGCCAUCACAUGUGCGUCAGCUUGGGCAUGGAAAUUAUCUCCAGAAUUGCGGAACACUAUCCGGACAUUGGGCGGCUGAUGUACCUGGUGUCGUGCGAGGAAGCACUGGACGAGUCGGACUCCUAUAUCCAGCACUGCGAGGAGAAUGGUAUCGAGUUUGCAGGAUCCACCCUGGAGAAAGAGCACGCCCUCGUGGCGAUGAAGAUCGUCGUCGGCGGGCGUAAGGGUGUGCUGAUCCUUGACCCCGGCUACCACGUGGCCCGUGCCGUCACCGUGAUGAAGGAUCAGAAGUAUCCACACACGGGGUGGUUCACGCAAUCCGACGAAGCGCACUGCAAGCGUGAGUACAUUUACGCCAUGCACGAUCACAAUGACGACUACGUCACGUGGACGGAGCGGAUGACUCGCGGCGGAAAGCAGCAGUACGAACUGUCGAUGGUAUAUAUCGCCCGUCCGUACCGUACGGCGAUUGACGUCACCGUACGCCGCAACCUGGUGUACAACUUCCGGUCGCUGUUGUCGCGCGAUGCGAAGGGACGCGUCUGCGCUGGGCUUUACUUUCCCGUCGUGCCGAAUCCGCUCGAUGCACAGGUCACGCUCUUCUACGAUGGGCCGCUCGAGAACCAGGUGAAGCAGAAGUUUAAGUUUGCCGUCUUCAAAGAUGCGGAAAAGAUCCCCGAUCCGGUGUUGGUGCACUUGGAGAACUUGGCCCCGCAGCUGCGCAUGGAGGUGAACGAGUUGAUCGAUCUGAUGGGCGGUCUUUGCGAAUCGAUCCACGACACCGACUUCGUGGCGCAAGUGCUGGAGAUCAACAGCGACAUUAACGAACUGUCGGCAGAUAAUUAGAAGGAGUUACUCUCUCUCUCUCUCUCUUGCAUCUUUUAAAGAAAAUAUUUUGUGCACAAUAUCUACAAUUCUAUGAAAAGCACGUAUAUUAUUGGUCACUUAACUCGUAGAAACCGCAGGCACGACGACGACGACGGAUUGAGUCGAGUUUGUUUCUUGAAUUUCACUCGUUUCAUAACUAUUAAUCAGUGUUUGUGUGCAGUUAAGCAACUUGUUGUUCGUCUUUAUUAUACGCGACACCUUCCGGAUCGCAAAGCAUUUCAGUUUUCGCGAGCAAGACGCAGCGGAGCAUUUUGCACUAAAUUUAAACAUUAUAUUAACGUCGUUUUCAAGAGACCGGCACAGAAGAGAAGAGUUCCAGAUAAUUAUUCGGCUUUGUCGUUUCGUUUGAGAUUCG